AUGAGUAAAGAUAAAGAAGAAGAAGAUGAGGUCGAGAAAUAUGGACUUGACAAUGGCAAGGAAUAUGAAUAUUCUGAUGAGAACGAUGACAGAAGAAUAUCUACAACAGAUGUUGAUAGGAGAUAUAUUAUAAAUGAUAAUGAUAGCAGAGUAUAUAUUUGUGACAGAGGAAGUAAAAAGAUUGAGAAAAUUGAGAGUGAUGAGAACAGAAAUUAUACAGAAGAAUAUAUUAAUGGCAAAAAAAUUAUUAUUGAUAAAAAUAUUGAAUCUUUUAAAAAAUACUGCCCAAUUGAAUAUCCUAAAAAUCGUUCGAUAAAUGGAAUUGAUGAUUUUAUAAGUACAAAAAAUAAUUUAUGUGAAUUUAAAAAUGAAAUAUUAAAAAAUUUAAAUAUUGAUAAAAUAUAUUAUGAUUUAAAUAAAAUAGAACAUAAAAAAAAUUUAUUAAAUAAUGAUGAUUGUCAAAAUAAAAAAUGGUAUUUAAAUUUUCAACCAUUAAAUAAUAUAUCUAUUGAACAAUAUUGGAAAUAUGAAAAAGUAACCUUACAAGAUAUAUUAACAUCUAAUAUUAAUUUAUCAGAUAAUAUAGAACUAAAAAAAAAUAAAAAAUAUCUUAAAUAUAUAUCACGUAGUAUAUUAAAAGGAAAUCCUCAUGUAUCUUUAAUUAAAAAUGCAUAUAAAUAUACAGAAAAUUAUAUUAAUACAUCAGAACUACAAUCAAGAUUAUCUCUUACAAAUAUUAACCCUUCCAUUCUAAGCUCAAAAACAUUAAAAAAUACACAAAAUUUAUUAAAAUGGAAAUUAAAAUAUGCUAACAAUACUUCAAAAUCUAAUGAUUAUAAAUAUGAUGAAGCAGAAAAUAGCUCAUCAUUAUUAUUAAAUACACACAAUUUUACAACCAAAAGUAAUAAUAAUAGCACAAUAAAUAUCGAACAAGCUAAUAGUCACAUCUCUUCAAAUAAACGUAGUGUCCUUUUUGACGAUCCUCCAAGAAGUAGAUCAUCAAGAAGAUAUGUCUAA